UCGCUUGCGCUCGCACCUUCGUCCCGCGAUAUUUACGUUAAGUGAGAGUGAUAUUUUCAAGUGUUGUCUGAGGUGAUGACACCUUACAUGAGUGACUUAAUUACUUUGUAGGACGUUGUGAGGUACUGAUUGACGUGGCAGUGAAAAUGCGAGUGACCUAGCGUCUCACUAUGAAGACCGCGCACCUCGUGCUGACACUGACGUGCGUCAUCUCGUUCACUUGCACCCAUGCCAAAAUAGGUUAUUUUUGGCACAUCACGGACUUCCAUUAUGAUCCGCUGUACACGUCACAGGGCGACACUAGAAGACACUGUCGGCGAGCAGACGAGCGCGGCAGUUCGGGCCACCACCGCGCGCUGGGCCGCUUCGGCGACUACUCGUGCGACAGCUCGCUCGAGCUGAUCGAGUCCGCGGCGCGCCACAUGCGCACGCGACACUCCGAGAACGUCGAGUUCGUGCUGUGGACGGGGGAUAUCAUAGCAUCCCGGUACGGCAGCGACGAAGAGCGGUACCAGGCGAUAAGGAACAUGACAGACCUGAUGGGCAGAACCUUCAGCUCGCACUUCGUGUUCCCGGUACUGGGUCACCUGGACCCGGCGCCGUCGGAGAACCUGACCAACCUCUGGGGGCAUUGGCUGCCGCUUGAGGCUUUGCAGACUUUUAAGAAUG